GUCAUUCCCCUCAUUGAUCAGGCCUUCCUGUUCUCAGCAAUGUCAUCCCAGACAACAUCCCUUGCUGGUGACGAGUUCACUAUCCCAACCUACGAGCAGAUCGGAGCCAGCAGUGUUCCUGCAGAUCAGGCUCAGGAGAGAUGUACCUACCUCUGUGGAAAUUCUCUGGGCCCACUUCCCAUCCGAUCCCGAAAGCUUCUUGAUGAAGAACUCUCUGCUUGGGCGACGCGAGCCGUCGAAGGUCACUUUGACCAUCCUUACGGGAGAAACUGGACCGACAUCGCAAGCACAGUAACACCACUUUUCGCCGAGAUUGUCGGCGCCGAGGAACAAGAAGUCGCAUGCAUGAGCACCCUGACCGCGAACCUGCAUCUCAUGCUAUCUGCCUUUUACAAGCCAACAUCUUCUCGUUAUAAGAUACUGUGCGAGGCGAAGGCGUUCCCUUCCGAUCAGUAUGCAUUCGCCUCCCAAGUGCGCGUCCAUGGAUAUGAUCCAGAAGAAGUUGUUAUCGAACUAGCUCCACGGCCAGACGAGUUCACGCUCAGAGAAGAAGAUAUCCUCAAGGUCAUUGCUGAGCAGGGGCAGUCCAUCUCCGUCGUCAUCUUCAGCGGCGUUCAAUACUACACUGGUCAAUGGUUCCCCAUGCAGAGGAUCACCAAAGCUGCCCAAGAGCAGGGUUGUAUAUGUGGGUGGGACCUUGCUCAUGCCGUCGGGAACGUGCCGAUGUCCCUGAGCGACUGGAACGUUGAUUUCGCGGUCUGGUGUACGUACAAAUACCUGAACUCCGGGCCUGGCGGUAUCGCUGGGCUAUUUAUUCACAAGAACCACCAGCCCCAACCCCAAUAUGCAGGUUGGUGGGGCCAUGAUCCUCAAACUAGGUUUGCCAUGCCCCCAGUCUUCUCCGCCAUUCCCGGAGCGCAAGGGUUUCAGCAGUCCAAUCCAAGCGCAUUGACAACAGCUUCUCUACUUGGGGCCCUGCAAGUUUUCAAGAGCGCAGGCAUGAUGGAUCCUAUACGCAAGCGAUCCCUUGAGCUCACAGCGUACUUGGAGAGCAAGCUCACACAAUCGAAGUUCUACAUACCUUCCCAUAAGGCCGUCCGACUAAUGCAAGACUCAACCGCUCAAUCGGGGCCCUCCUUCACCAUUAUCACUCCGUCUGAUCCUGAGUCACGGGGAGCUCAGCUAUCCCUGCUGUUCUUACCGGCUCACCUCAAGGUCAUGCAGCGAGUAUCCGCCAGUUUGGCGGCAAACGGCGUAAUAGGGGACAAGAGGGAACCAGAUGUCAUUCGCCUUGCCCCUGCUCCCUUGUACAAUACAAUCGCAGACUGCGACAGGGCUGCCUUGUGCUUGGAGAACGCUCUCUGCUCUCUGCUGCUGUAGUUUACGAGACACAGAUAUAGAUGUGCUUGAAUUGCUUGAAAGCGCUAGAAGUCGGGCACAACAGACUACACAACUCGAUGAAUGAACUUUUGUAUGAUGUCGCAAUAUCUAUGGGAAUCUAAUGCUUCAUUGUGGCCUUCCGCAAGAUUCUCUACGUGUUUCCGUACGAACUGGUCCGGAACCAUACCAAGAGCUUGGUAUUGAGUAAGAAGAUGCUGGUAAACCAGAUUGCUUUGGCUAACAUCGAUCAAUGGAUCCGGAGGGUUAUGGAUGAUAAGCCAUUGAAUAUGCUGCGCUGUGGGCCGUAGGCUGGCACGUGUUACCGACACAUCGGCAUAGGAGGGCCUGGCACCGAACGCCGCCUCUAUAAACCAAGAUCGGUAGUUGGGAAACACCGCCAGGAGGUGGUCUAUGUCGUACAUCCCCUGGGACGUGGCGAUGCCCCGAACUGCAGAGGCCAAGCUGUCGGAGGGACGAAGUGGGUCGGCCGAGCUGGAAGCAUCCAUGAAGAUGGAGAAAAGCAUAUGUGCGCUGCAGCUGUGGCCAAGAAGGAUCAUGUCCUGCUUUGCAGUCCCCGAGGAGCUGCCUGGCGGGCCAUUCCAUUCAUUUAAGAACGUUAGGAAGCGCAGGAUGUCAAGAGCGUGUUCUGGAUGAUGAACGGCGGGGACGUCGGGUGCUGUCUCCCGAGGCGAUAGCUUGUAGUUGGGCACGGCCACUGCACAUCCUGUAGCACGCACGAGCCGGUCGGCAAGUUCGGCCCAGUCGGACUUGUCCUCACUGAAGCAAACCCAUGGUUAGUCGGCACCAAAAGGGAGUGGAGCGGCAAAGCGCUUCGGAGGCUUGGUAGGGUUACCUUCUCCAUGCACCGCCGUGGACGAAGCAUAUGACGGCCCGGUGUGUAGCAUCGGAAGACGAAGAGUCGGGCGCCGUUGGCAAUGGGACAUAGUAAUUAAAGAGAUGGAAUGGACUAGGAGGGCCCGAGGAGGUGCCCAAGGCGCUCCCCGAUUGGACGUAGUACGGGAUGUCUCUGAAGGCUUUGACGGACAUGAUGAUGCUAACGGUCCGGGAUGACUAGCUAGAUUGGUGACUGUUGGUGAAGGAAUUCGCAAAUGGCACAUGGCAUCCGGGUUUGUGACGUGUUGAGACAGAAUGUGCCUAGCACAAACUUGGCGCCGCCUCACACCACACAGGUGAUAUGACCAGGGCAGAGCGUAAUCUUCACAGCCACCUCGCAGUAACCUGCCCUCAGUGACGUCACCCCUCAGCUAUAUAAGCUGCCUGUUCUCCCUCAUAUCCCAACACCCAUUCUCUCUCACUCCU